AAGCAUGCAUACCGCUCGGGUAGCGCGCUUUAUUUUCUCGGCUUCAUUUGCCAAAAGAGCAUCAUUUUCGCGCUGUGAUUCGCUCGGACAAGUCACAAGUUCUAUGUGAAAUGGCAGGAGGUCGCAUCCUAAUUGUCGUCACACUGCUCCGGUUAGGCGCCUACAGCUUGCGGCUAAACGACCUGUGCUCUACCUUCGAUUCGCGGCUAGGUCGCUGUGUGGCAGCAGAAAGUUGCAGUCUGAUUGGUCGAAUCCAGCAGCUGGCACCUCAUCUCAGAAGUUCGGCCGAUUCGUUCCUGCUGAUGCACAGCGAAUGUGGUUCGCAAGGUCAUCGCGGGGAAAAAUUGUUUUGUUGUCCGAUACUCGCAAAUGAAGAAAAAUGCGGAACCAAUACGAUUGCUAAUAGGAUUCACGGUGGCACUGAGACUGAAUUUGGAGAACAUCCGUGGGCAGUACAACUGGUUUAUAAGCUCGGUGGCAAUCGCUAUCAGUCGCCUUGCAGCGGAGUGUUAAUAAGCGAGCGUUACGUAUUGACUGCAGCUCACUGCGUUGAAAGCGUUCCCAGCAGUUGGAAAUUAGUUCACGUACUAGUGGCAAAAUGGGGUCCCGACGAUUGCGUCACAAUAGAAGAGGAUCGCGUGUGCAGCCGACGGUACGAAAUCGAGCAAACAAUCGUUCACAGCAGCUUCGACAAAGAUUCGAUAAGUCUACCGAAUGAUAUCGCCCUGCUGAAGCUGAAAGAAGCAGUCAAGUACGGGAAGUACAUCCGACCUGUCUGCUUACCUCUCGAGAGGAGCAUACGAAGUCUACCUGUGGACAAGGAAGAGUUCACCGUCGUAGGAUGGGGACAAACAGAUGAUGGUACCAAAAGUAAACAGCUGAUGCAGGUUGUGUUGACCGGAAAGCCCAUCCAAGACUGUCGAACGGUGUUCAAUCCACGAAAACUAAGCAUUACCGAUAUGCAGCUGUGCGUUGGUGGCGAAGAAGGCAAGGAUUCCUGUCGGGGUGAUUCGGGAGGACCGUUGAUGAGACAGGUUCGCGGUGUUUGGUACCUCGCCGGGUUGGUUAGCUUUGGGGAACUUCAGUGCGGUCACAAGGAUCAUCCCAGUGUGUAUACCAACGUGGCUGAGUACGUGGAUUGGAUUGAAGACUGUGUGGCCGAAAGCCAAUAGUCCAGGAAACAUAAAAAUCUUAUCGAUACGUUCUCUAGAACAAACCGAGCAAAAUCUACAAAAAA